UGGAGUUCCCUAGGUGUCUUAGGACGCACUGGGACACUGUCCUCGACCUCGAGCUUACCUUCCCCGGGUUUUGGGACCAAACAAAUGAAGAGUCCCUCAGGGAUCAUGAGGCAGUCUAGCCUCACUAAGCUCGGGUCUAUGAUUAAUACUGCUGUCAAUAAGAGAGCUGAGUGUGAGGAAAUAAUGCCAAUAAAUUUAAGUAUCGGUGCUGAAAUUGAAAUAAAUUCUAAUAGGUGUGAAAACAAUAAUGUGCAUAAUAUUUUUGGUACAUCAUAUAAACGCAAUGGUGACAUUCAGUGGUGCUUUUCCCAGGUGAAGGGGACACUCGAGGACGAUGUCACUGAUGCUGAUAUAAUCUCAUGUGUGGAAUUUAAUCACGAUGGGGAUCUUCUGGCUACGGGAGAUAAGGGAGGACGAGUGAGUAAAAAUAGUAUACCAAGACGAGGUGAAUACAACGUGUACAGUACAUUUCAAAGUCAUGAGCCCGAGUUUGAUUAUCUAAAAUCGUUGGAGAUAGAAGAAAAAAUAAAUAAAAUAAGAUGGUUAAAGCGAAAAAACCCGGCGCAUUUUUUGUUGUCGACAAAUGACAAGACAAUUAAACUAUGGAAAGUUAGCGAGCGCGACAAGAGAGUCGAGGGCUACAAUACCAAGGAGGAAAGCGGAGCAAUACGUGAUCCAGCGUGUAUCACUGCCUUGCGAGUACCAACCAUAAAGCCGAUGGAGCUGAUGGUUGAAGCAUCUCCUAGAAGAAUAUUCGCAAACGCCCAUACCUACCACAUUAACAGUAUAAGUGUAAACAGCGAUCAAGAAACGUACCUAAGUGCCGACGACCUCAGAAUAAAUCUUUGGCACCUGGAAAUAACUGAUCAAAGUUUUAAUAUUGUAGACAUUAAGCCAGCGAAUAUGGAGGAGCUGACGGAGGUGAUUACUGCGGCAGAGUUCCAUCCUGUUGAGUGUAAUUUAUUGGUUUACAGCAGCAGUAAGGGUACGAUAAGAUUGUGUGAUAUGAGAUCUGCAGCUCUUUGCGAUCGUCACAGCAAACUUUUCGAGGAGCCUGAAGACCCAACAAAUAGAAGCUUCUUCUCCGAAAUUAUUUCUAGUAUAAGUGAUGUCAAGUUAAGCAAUUCCGGCCGUUACAUGAUCAGUAGAGACUACCUCAGUGUCAAAGUGUGGGACUUACACAUGGAGACAAAGCCUAUUGAGUGUUAUCCUGUACACGAAUAUUUGAGAUCAAAGUUAUGUUCUCUUUAUGAAAAUGAUUGCAUUUUUGAUAAAUUCGAGUGUUGCUGGAGCGGCAAUGACUCGGCUAUAAUGACCGGCUCUUACAACAAUUUCUUCCGUGUCUUUGAUCGAACAUCUAAGCGUGACCUUACUUUAGAAGCGGCACGUGAUAUUGCCAAGCCAAAAACACUUCUAAAACCACGCAAGGUUUGUACGGGAGGAAAACGUAAAAAGGAUGAAAUAAGCGUCGAUUGUCUAGAUUUCAACAAGAAAAUUUUGCAUACUGCAUGGCAUCCUUCGGAAAAUGUAGUUGCCGUAGCAGCUACGAACAAUCUCUUCCUAUUCCAAGACAAACUCUAG